UCCCGAUGAACCAUCCAUCCUAUUACUUUGUUAUAUAUACCACCGGUGUUGCUGAUUAAGUAGAAACCAUUCCAGUCAUCCACUUUAUUUCGCAGUUUGUGUAUGAUUUUGUCUCUGUUGAGCUGACCUCACCUCAAAAUGGAAAAAUCACCAGAAAUGGAGCACCCAGUAAAGGCCUUUGGAUUGGCUGCUAAAGACCCUAGUGGGAUUCUUUCUCCUUUCAAGUUCUCAAGAAGGGCUACAGGCGAGCAUGAUGUGCAGUUUAAAAUCUUGUAUUGUGGGAUUUGCCAUUCGGAUCUUCACGUUAUCAAGAAUGAUUGGGGUAUCACACAGUACCCGGUCGUGCCCGGGCACGAGAUUAACGGGGUGGUAACCGAGGUUGGGGAAAAGGUGAACAAGUUCAAAGUUGGGGACAAAGUCGCCGUCGGAUGUUUGGUCGGGUCGUGUCGGGAAUGUGAUCUUUGUAACAAGGAUCUUGAAAAUUACUGCAGUAAACAGAUACUCACUUUCGGUUCCAAGGACGUCGACGGCACCACCACAUAUGGCGGUUACUCUGGCAUCAUGGUGGCUAAUGAGCACUUUGUUCUUCGCUGGCCAGAGAAAUUUCCAAUGGACGCUGGUGCUCCUCUCUUAUGCGCCGGGAUUACAACUUACAGCCCGUUCAGGCACUAUGGACUCGACAAGCCAGGAUUGCAUAUCGGCGUUGUGGGGCUAGGCGGGCUCGGCCAUAUUGCCCUUAAGUUCGCCAAGGCGUUUGGCUCUAAAGUUACAGUUAUCAGUUCAUCCCCUAAUAAGAAGGAGGAUGCAAUUGAGAAUCUAGGUGCGGAUGCAUUUUUGGUUAGCCGUAAUCAGGAGGAAAUGCAGUCUGCAUUGGGCACAUUGGACGGGAUAAUUAACACCGUUUCAGCAUCUAGCUCCCUCGCGGACUUGUUAAGUUUGUUGAAGAUUGAUGGUAAACUGAUACUGCUUGGUGUGCCGGAAAAGCCGCUAGAGCUGCCGGUUUUCCCCUUACUCGUACAGGGGCGGAAGGUGGUGGCCGGCAGUGCGAUUGGAGGACUGAAAGAGACACAGGAGAUGCUUGAUUUUGCAGCAAAACACAAUAUAUUGCCAAACGUGGAGAUCAUUACAGCGGAUUAUGUUAACACUGCAAUGGAGCGUCUGAAGAAAGCUGAUGUCAAAUAUCGAUUUGUUAUCGAUGUUGGGAAAACACUGAAACCCGAAUUAUUGUGCUGAGCGUAAGCGCCAUGUUUUCUUGAACCUGUCCUUUUCAGUGAACUUGGAACUCGUGCGUGGUUGAAUAAGGAUGCUUGUUUUUGUAUUAUCUGUUGUGUUUCAGUUGCAAUAUGUACUUAUGUAAGAUUAAGGAAAAUAAAUAAAUGGUUUUAUGAGAUGUUUCGUUCCUA